AUGGUGGAGAAGAUGAUUGACGAGGUUGGAGAGGGUUUGGCUGAAGAGACCAGGACACUGGCAGAGCGAUUGUUCUCAAUCCUUCCUCCUGCCUUCAGGCCAAGGACGCUAGCUUUGGGGCAAGCAGUGAUGCAGCGUCCAACAUUUUCGACUUCGAAGACCAUGUUGAAGAACCUUUUGUCCUUCAACGCUUUGCUUGAUCAGUACUCGAUGGCAGCUGGCAGCCCAAUGGCGGAGGACUUGAUCGUUGGAACAGUGUUUAGGUGCAUUGAUCCAGUGACAAGGAAGCACCUUCAGUACAACAUGCCGGAUGUGGCCCUCGGGACAACGACAGCAGGUGGCCCUCGGCCCAUGGAUGUGGACAAUGUUGCCCUCAGGGAAAGGGCAAAUAUAAAGGAAAGCAGAAGGGGCAAGGUGCAUGGGGCGGCUAUGGUGGAGAUCGAGGCGAAUGCGCAGCCACAGCUCCUCGCAGUGGAGCUUCAGAUGUGUCAACCAAUUUGCCUGACAGCGCAAGCCAGGUCAACAUCGCCUACAACGAGCCUCAACAACAUGGCACUUCAUCGACUGGAGCUUCAACAAGCAGCGGUGGCAAGACACAAGUUCGACAAGUCCGCUUGUACCAUGUGGCAACCCGUCAGAAUACCCUGA